AUCAAUCUCAGCUUCAGAACUAACUUUUUCCUAUUUUAAAUCUUCACUUGAACAGAAGUCCUGGCAACCAUGAAACUACAAGUUCUAGUGAUGUGCCUAGUGAUGUGCCUGUGUUCCUCCAUUCCUGUGUCUAAGAAACAUAAUAGAGAGGAGCGCUCUUCGAGUCAUGAGGGAUAUAGGGGUUUUAUGGGGUUCCACCCCUAUCCUCAGUACUACCCCCAGCCUCCCCAGAGUGACACCACCCUGAUGGCCCUGCUGCCCUUACUAUUGGCCAGACGCACUGCUGCUUCUGCACCGGUUCCUGCACCCCUUCCUCCCCUGCCGGCCCUACCUGCCUUACCACCCCUACCUCCUCUACCUGCCCUACCUGCCCUACCUGCCCCACCUGCCAUACCUCCCCUUCCUGCCUUACCUGCCAUACCCCCAUUUCCUGCCAUACCUCCCUUUCCUCCCCUACCCGCCCUACCUGCCCCACCUGCUCUACCUGCCCUACCCGCUCUACCUGCCCUACCCGCUCUACCUGGCCUUCCUGCUCUAGCUGCCCCAGCAGCCCCAGCUGCCCCAGCUGCCCCACCAGCUCUACCUUUAAUUCCUUUCCUAACUUCCCUUUUUGGAAGGAAAUAAAAAUGAAAUGGCCAUUUCCAGAAGUCGGGAGAGAAAAAUUUACUCCCAUGUCUCUACCUUGUCUAGUUUAAAGCUAAUAACAAAUAAAAUUAAUUAAAUUAAGACCUGUCUUUAUGUAUGAUUUUAGAAAUUAAUGAGGCAGUCAUGCUCGUUUGGUAUAUUUUUGUGGACUUGAACCCAUAGAUACCCCAGUGGCCAUACUUAACUGGAAUAACCAAGCCACUAUUGUUUUUUUUUUCUUUGUCUUUUGUUUUGUUUGCUUUACACAGGGAACCAUAUUAUUGUAGAUGGGCUUGGAAACUUGUCCAACCUCACCUGUGUGCUCAAAGGUCUAACAUGAUUGUGAAAAAACAUUGGAUAGACUAGGUAAACAGAAUGGCACCAAAGAGCUCUCAUGAAACAGUGACAUGCUGGAGCAAUACAAAGAAAUAAUUAAUCACAUAGUGAAUGUAAUAUUCUAGUAAAACUUAAUAAGUGUUUAUACAUUUUAUCUUCAACAGAAACGGGUAUGUUUUCAUUCAUUUUCAGCCCUUUGUAUUGCAUGACUGUAGUCAGACUUUGUGUAGUCACUGGGUAAUUUAUAAAUAUUGAAUCUUUAUUAUAGAUAUAGGGUUCAGACUUUAGAGGAGGACACAAAAUAAUCAAACACUUAUCUGUAAAUGCCUUGAUAAGUGUCUCCAUUACUUUAAUGACCAACUGCAGUAUUAGUAAAUAUGGAAGAUAAUAUUCAUUACCACACUCGUUCAUUUUCAGCCCUUUGUAUUGCAUGACUGUAGUCAGACUUUGUGU